UUUUUUUUAAAAAAAAAGAAAUUACUGUAAUAAGAAAAUAAACGAAAUUUUUUUUUCAAUCAUUAGUCAUGGCUAAAAAAAAGGGAACAAAAUCUGGUUCCAAUAAUAAUGGCACACAAAAUACCGGCAAUAGUAGUGGUGGUGGCGGUAAAAGAAAUAGAAAUGCAGGACCUCGUUUAAGUCAAAGACGUGAUCAUAAUCGUCCAGAAGCCAUACCAGCACUAAGACUUACCGUUUCUCAAAUAAAGAAAUCGCAACAAGAAACCACCAUUAUGAAUUUUAGUUCUUCCGAAUUAACUUAUAAUGGUAGUGAUCGAUUAGUUUUUAUUACUGAUGGUGAACCGAUUAAAACUAUUUGGAAAAGAAUAUUGGAAAAAAAUAAAUCCUUGAAUCAAAAAGAUAUUAAAAUGUUUGUUUGUUCUGCAUUAGUGGCAUUAGAUUAUAAGACAGGUUAUGAAGUGGAAGAAAUUGUAACUGAAUUAGGUGACCCUGAUAGUGGUGUCAAGAAAUUAAAAGAAAUUAUUAAUUUUCCUUCAAUGUCAUGUGAUGCGGGCCUUGAUAAUGGGGUGUUAUCUUUUCAGCAUGUUGUGUUACCUUUAUUGGGUUUAUUUACUAGAACGGCUAUCACUGAAUGUAUUUUGGAAAAAUAUGUUCUUGCAAUAUUUAUUGUCGUCUAUGAAAACCUUGACUCAUUUCUCUAUAAUAAAGUAAUGAAAAUGUUGGAAACGUUGGUACAACGUAAUAGUGUUCAUGAUUCUCGUGUCAGCGAUGAUGAAUUAUUGUCGCGUGAACCAUAUACUUUUAUUCCGUCUUCUUUAGGAAUAUUUUUCUUAAUAAUUGUACGGCUUCUCACAGAAUUAUUACGUCGUAUCAGCAAUUCAUCUAUUAAUGAAACAAUGCAUAAUAUUGCUAAUGAUUUAUACAGAUUAAAGACUAAUUAUCAAAAAUCUAUUGAACAAAAUCAAUUUUCUUCAAGAGAUCCAUUAACUAAUAAUUUGGAGAAUAGAAAAUUUUUUUUCAUGAUAUUAGAAAAAGAGAUGAAAAUCAUGAUUAAGAUGUUAAAUAAUGGACGUAAUAAUUUAAUGUUUGAUCAAAAUCCUGAAGCUAAAGAAUUAAAUGCAAAAUUAGAUCAAUUAUAUUAUAAAGAAUUAGCUAGAAGACUUGAUAGGGAAAAAACUUAUGAUCCACCUGGUGAAUUAUCAAAAUAUGGUAAAAGGCAUGAUAAUGAUUUUGUAGAAAUUUCAAAAAUUUCAAUUAUUCCUACGAAAGAAGAAAUAUUAUGUGAACGUCCACCUUUUUUACCUUCUUCACUUCGUUAUGCAUUACAUUUUUUACCUGAUGGACCGGCUAGAUUACUUGAUACACAAUUUCGUCUCUUAAGGGAAGAUUUAUUAAAUCCAAUUCGUGGUGGUUUAUCAAAUUUUUUAGUUGCAUUAUUACAAGAACAUACUUAUUCUGAUAAUGACGUUAAAUUGUCAAAAGAAUUUAAGAAAAUACAAGAAGAAGGUGGUAAAUUUUCUUAUAAUGAUGGUACGAAUGAAAAUGGUGAUUUACAAGUAUAUACGAAUGUACAAUUUGUUAAUAUUACUUGUGAUAGAAGAAAAGGUUAUGCUUGUACUGUAAGUUUUACUCCUCCAAAAAUCAGAGCAAAAGGUGUAAGAGCUAGAAGAGAAUAUUGGGAAAAGAAUAAAAGAUUAUUAACUGGUAGUUUAGUUACUCUUAUAUUACCAAAUCCAAAUCCUCAAAGUCGUAGUUCUUCUAUAAGUGAUUCAGAUUUAUAUUUAUUUUAUUUUGGAAUAGUCAUAUAUAGGAAUGAGAGAAUUUUAUCGAGAGAUGAAAAUUUUGCGGAGGUUGAUAUUAAUUUUAUUGAUCCAUCAAUUUAUCCUAUCGCGUUAAGCGAGAUCUCAAUAUUUAAUAAGACUAAAAAGAUACCAUUAAAGAAUAGAUUUAUGGUGGAAUCAACUGGUGUUUACUUAGAAUCUUAUUAUCAUAUUCUUAAAACUCUUCAAACAACAAAUCCUUCUUCUUUACCUUUUGAAAAAUAUUUGGCUCCUAAUUUUAAUGAUUCGAAUGUGAACAAUGGUGAAGAUAUAAAAGGAAAAAUGAGAGAAGAUAUAAGGGAAGAAAUGAUUAAUACUCUUGAUGUUAAAGUUGAAAAUCCUAUGUAUACUAGAGCUCCAGGAUUUCAAUUUGAUUUAUCAGUUUUGUGUAAAAAUAAGCAUAAAUUGAAAUUAAAUGUUGCAAAAGAGAGUAGCCACGAUAGUGUUAUAAAAGAUAUCGUUAAAUAUAGUAAUAUCGGCAAAUUGCCAAAUGGAACUCCUUAUGGAUUAGACGAAACUCAAGCUAAGGCGUUGGUAUCUUCUCUAACACGUGAAGUUGCAUUAGUUGAGGGACCACCAGGUACGGGUAAAACUGUAGUUGGUGUUCAAUUAAUGAAAGUAUUAUUGGCCAAAGAAAAUCGUAAAACGAAAAUUGGUCCAAUUCUAGCCAUUUGUUUUACUAAUCACGCUCUUGAUCAAUUCUUGGAGCAUUUACUUGAUGAAAAUAUAACGAAAAUAGUAAGAUUAGGUUCUCGAUCAAAAUCAGAAAAGAUCAAAGAUUAUAGUUUGGAUGAAAUUUGUAAAAAUCGUGCUCGUACAAGAAAAGAAUCUCGUUUAUUAGCAAGAUUAUAUGAAGAUAUUGAAUGGAUAGAAUAUGAUACUGAAGGAGUAAAUUAUUUUUUAACUAGAAAAUGGAUGAAAUGGAAUGAAGCAAAAGAUUAUUUAAAUAAAAAUCAAAAGGGAUUUUUUAAUAAAUUCAAUAAUGUAUCAAAUCAAGAUUUACCAAGUUGGGUUUUAAAUACUAAUGAAAAAUCAGGAUUUCAAACUUCUAAAAAAAAUAAGAAAAAUAAGAAACACCCAUUUGAAUUAUGGAUAAAAGGAGUAGAUAUCGCAACAAUUAAUAGAAGAAAAAAGCUUGUAUUAAAUCCACCAGAUGUCAAAAAUAUAACGAGUACAAGUAGUAAUGAAUCACAAAUUGAUGAAAAUACGAUAAAUUGGAUUAAAAAUUACAAAGAACCAAAAACAGAUCGACCUUUGAACGUAUUAUUAAAUGAUUAUUCAAUUUGGAGAAUGUCGGUAGUAGAAAGAAAAAAACUUCAUGAUCAUUGGCGUGCAAUAAUUUAUAAACAAACUGUCGAAAAGUUAUCAAGAUCACAAAAAUAUUAUGAGACAAAAUGUAAAGAAAUAAAUAAUAUUUAUGAUGAAUCGCGUCGACAAGUAUUAUUAAAUAGUGAUGUUAUCGGUAUGACUACAAAUGGCGCGGCUAAAUUUCAAAAUUUAAUUAGAUCAAUUGGUCCCAAAAUUAUCGUUUGUGAAGAAGCAGGAGAAGUAUUAGAGGCACAUAUUCUUAGUGCAUUAACUCCAUCGACCCAACAGUUGAUAUUAAUUGGCGAUCAUAAUCAACUUCGACCUCACAUUGCAACUUAUUCUCUUAGUAUAGAUUCAUCAACAGGAAAGAAUUAUCAAUUGGACAAAUCAUUAUUUGAAAGAUUAGUUUAUGGUGAUAAAGCAGCUAAAAUUGAAAAGGCACAACUUUUAACUCAGAGACGUAUGAGAAAAGAAGUUUCUGAUUUAAUUAGACAUACACUUUAUCCGGAGUUAAUUGACGGUGAUAAUACUAUACAAUACGAGAAUAUACGUGGAGCUCAACACAACGUUUAUUUUAUUGAUCAUAGAAAUCCAGAAAAUAACUCAGGUGGAGAGUAUGCAAUAAAGUCUCAUGUGAAUAAAUACGAAGUUAAAAUGGUUGUCGAAAUGGUAAAAUAUUUUGUUAGGAAUGGAUAUACUAAACCUGAUGACAUAGCCGUACUUACACCUUAUUUAGGGCAAAUGAUUAAAAUUAGAGAUGCUUUGGCUAAAUCGUUUGUUGUUGUUAUUGAUGAAAGAGAUGCACAGAAUAUUACCGAAAUGGAAGAACAACAAAAUGGAGCAAUUAGUAAUGUAAAUGAUGAAAGUAAAGGCGUUGCGUCAAAGAAAUCCUUAAAUCAACAAGUUACUUUAAGAACUGUCGAUAAUUUUCAAGGUGAAGAAGCAAACAUUAUUAUUGUUUCUUUAGUUCGUAAUUUCUCUAAAUCACCAAGUGGGCAUGAUUCUAUUGGAUUUCUCAAAAGUACAAAUAGAAGCAACGUAUUAUUGUCACGUGCUCGUAAAGGAAUGUAUCUCAUUGGUAAUUCUGAAUUAAUGUCGAUGAAAUCUAAAGAUAUGUGGGCUCCGGUAAUUGAUAUUUUACAUGAGCGUAAUCAAGUUGGUUUUGGUAUUCCAAUUGUAUGUGAUAGACAUCCAGAUUAUAAGAAUAUUAUUGUCGAGCCUGAUCAAUUUGAAAAAGUUAGUCCAGAUGGUGGAUGCAAUAAAACUUGUAACGCGCCACUUCCUUGCGGACACAAAUGUAAAUUUAGAUGUCAUGCAGAUAAUCCUGAACAUAUUGGAAUCAAAUGUGAUGAACCUUGUUUAAAAAUAAAUUCGGAAUGUAAUCAUCAGUGUCAAAAACGUUGCUUUGAUAAUUGUGAGGAUUGUGAAUUUCUUGUCGGAAAUAUUAUAUUACCUGGUUGUGGUCAUGAAUUAAAAAAUGCUAAAUGUUGGCAAGAUCGAGCUAAAGAUUCAAUUAAAUGUAAAACUUUAGUUCCAAAGAAAUUACUACAAUGUGAACAUUAUAGAAAUAUUUACUGCUCUGAACCCGUUAGUACUGAUUAUAAAUGUAUAGAAAAAUGCAAAGAAAAAUUGGAAUGUGGUCAUGAAUGUUUAAGCGAAUGUACUAAAUGUCAAAAUCGAUCUAAACAAGAAGGACCAAAUAUAACCGUCCCUAUUGAACGAACACAACAUGGAAAAUGUCAAACUGUGUGUGAUAAAUUUUUAUUUUGUGGACAUAAAUGUAAAAGUCAUUGUCAUGAAGGAAAAGAAUGUCCACCAUGUGAAGAUAAUUGUACAGUAAUAUGUGAGCAUACAUCAUGUAAUAAGCAUUGUUUAGAACCUUGUGCUGUAUGUACAGAAAAAUGUUCAUGGGAAUGUGAACAUCAAGGAAGAUGUGAAUUAAGUUGUGGAGUUUCUUGUUAUAGAUUACCUUGUAAUGAAAGGUGUAAUAAAAUAUUAGAAUGUGGACAUAAUUGUGCCGGAGUUUGUGGUGAGAUUUGUCCUUCAAAAGAUUUUUGUGUCGAUUGUGCUCCUGAAAAUGUUUUAAAUCAAGAUAUCAAUUCCAAAAGUACGUUUAGUGAAAUAGAUUGGAAUGAAAAAAGAAUGAUUGUUCUUGCUUGUGGACAUGUAUAUACUAUGGAGACUAUAGAUAAGCUUAUGGAAAUGAAAGAUUAUUAUGAAGGUUCAGUUGAAGUAGGAUGGACAUCAAUUAAAAUACUUCCAAAUUUAUCAAUGAACGCAAAGACUUGUCCGACAUGUAGAACUCCAGUUAAGAAUGUCAAGAGAUAUGGUAGAAUUAUUAAUAAAUACAUAUUGGAUAUGCAGACCAAAAAAUUCUUAUUAAAAUAUGGCUGUCAAUUAAAAGACAUUAUCAUGCAAAUUGAUCCUCUUAAAGAUGAAAUGAUCAAUAGAAGAAAUAAAUUAAAAGAUGCUUUACCCAAAUCCGGAUCAAGGCCAAUUAAAGUUGUACUUGAAGAACAUAAAGUUGUAAACAGAAACUUACCUGAAAUUAUACCUCAUAAAUAUUUUGAGGAAAUUGGAAAAUAUCAUGGGUUUAACAGAAAUAAUAGGAAAGCUUGGGUUGCUCAUGUUAGUGAAUUAUUAAAUUGUUAUCAGAAACUAACUUUAAUUGCUGAAGCUACAAAAUUUCCACCUCAUAAAAAAGCCUUUGAUGUUACUGUCUCAAGUUUGUAUCAAGCUAAAUUAGAAAAUGAAGAAUCUUACGCUUCAGAUUCUUCUCCUCCAGUUAUGAAUACUUUAAGUUCCAUUUCUUCUGAAACUUUUCAAGAAACGCUUUCUCAAGUGGGAAUUUCAAUACCACAAGUUGAUCGGAGAAUUUAUUUAGAUGCAUUUUUUGUAAUUAUAUAUAUACAAAAAAUUAUACAUAACGAAAUUUUAUUCAUAAUUCAAGAGGUGUUGAAAGAAUCAACACCCACUGCUACGAUUAACGAAAAUACCUUAAGUAUUAAAGAAAUUUGGAAGAAAUUUAUUGAGAGAUUACAAAGUUCUAUUAAAAAUCAUUUGAAUACGAUAAGAGAAAUAGCAGAAUCUACUCUUUAUAGUAGACAUUUACUUUUGGUUAAUAUAGAAAUAUUAGAAUUUGAUCUUAAAUUACUUAUAUAUCAGCUAAGAUUCUCUCCUAAUGAAAGUACCAAUGAUGACGCUGGAGAUCUUCAAGAAAGAAUUACAGAAAAACGCGAGGAUAUUAAAAAACGGAUUGAAAAUAUACUUGAAAGUCAGGGAUAUAAAGAUUCUGAAGAGAAAUUUAAGAAUAAUAUUCACGCAAGACUAGUAAAUUUAUUGGAAAAUUGUAAUGAAAUUGAGAAUUGUGAUUUAAAUUUAAAUAAUACUUUAAGUAUCGAAGAAAUAUUGGAAAUUUAUCAAGCUAUAAAAACCGAAUUUAAAAGUUCAAGACAUUGGUAUGAAUGUCCAAAUGGUCAUCUGUAUACGAUUGAAAAAUGUGAUGAAGUAACGCAAACGAAUAAAUGUCCCGAUUGCAAUGAGCAAAUUUAGUGAAGGUCGUCUGUUAACUGAGUAGAUUUAAGAAUUUUGUUUAUGUAGUAAUCAAUUUUUUCAAUUCAUUCAUUUAUUUAUUUAUACAGUGUUACUUUUUUUGAUUUCAUAUUAUAUAUACAGUAUGUGAAUUAAAUAGCUUCUACUUAUUUGUUGUUACUUUUAUUCCUACUUUUU